AUGAGCAGGAGCCUGGGAAUUCCGGUGAAGCUGCUGCACGAGGCGGCGGGGCACAUUGUGACGGUGGAGCUGAAGAGCGGGGAGCUCUACAGGGGCAGCAUGCUGGAGUGCGAGGACAACUGGAACUGCCAGCUCGAGAGUAUUACGUACACGGCCAAGGUAUGCUUUCGUACCAUUGUAGAUUGGACGAGAAAGAGCGUCUCUCUUCGGGUAUUUUCUUCCCGGCAUCCUGUCAUCCCUCUUCUAGGGUUUAGGGUGUUUCGUAUUCCUCCUCUAGGGUUUAGGCUCUGGGUUCUCUCUUCCCACAGAGUGCCCAAAUUCAUAUGGCUGGUGUCCUCCGUGGUUCGAUCUGGGAAAAGAAACCGAGUUGCUCGUGUCAAAAUACAAAUUAAGAGAAAGUCAGGUCUCCUCCUGUUACGAUACGGUUCUCUGCCCGCUGAGAAAGAAUGGCAUUACUGGUACCACUGUGUUUUAGUUUCGUUCUUUGUUGUGUUUUCCCUUCUUCUGUAUUUUGGGGAUUAAGUGAUUAAAUUUAGAGUAGAUCCCUACAGAUGAAGCGGUUACUAAGGUCCUACUCUUUACAAGCCUUGAGACGCCGAUUUAUUAUGCCGUGGAAUGAGUGGUUCACCAUAUGUUCCCCAGAACGUCAUUUCUUGCCCCAUUUUGAGUUUGACUCAUCUUUGGCUUUCAGCUAUGUGCUUCAACAUCCUUACUUCCUGAAAUCAUCUAUGGUUUUCACCUUUCCAUCUACGGGGGGGAGUUUUCUUAGAAUCUGUACUGCCGGAAAAUUUUUGGCCAAUUUUUUGUAUGAAAAAACUUCACUUCUAUACAAAUAUUUAAUUCUUUGCACAGUAAAAUUUCUGGUAUCGAGUCUGAGCCUUUACAUAUUUUUCUCAUUUACUUUCUGAACUUUUAAAAACUUUAUAGUUCACUUGUACUUAAUUCGUAAAGCGUGUGCUAUUCUUUCUGCAGGAUGGGAAGGUGUCACAACUUGAGCACGUGUUUAUCCGAGGGAGUAAAGUAAGGUAAACUAAUAUUUUCCCCUGGUUGUGUAUUUCUAAGGUAAUUGUCUUUAGGAAAUUCUCAAUUUAUUUUCUUAUUAUAAGAUGCCUAUGAAAUGUUUCCAUUCAGAUUCAUGGUGAUACCGGAUAUGCUGAAGAAUGCUCCAAUGUUCAAGAAAUUGGAUGCAAGAAUUAAGGCAUGCAGUUAUCUAACAAGUGUUAAGCUUUUACGUUUUAGAAUAAUGUAUCAUUUGAUUUCAUUUGUCUCUUUGCUUUUUACUUUAGGGCAAGUCUUCAUCUCUUGGAGUUGGUCGUGGGCGUGCAGUUGCAAUGCGUGCCAGGGUAAAUUUUUCGUUCUUUUAGUUAUAAGUGUGAUUGUUUACUUAUCGUAAAUUUCAUCAUAGUUCUUGGGUGAAUGGGUUACUUUUCCCGCAAAUCUACCAGGAUGUCACCCAUUACCAAUUCCAAUCGAAUUUUUUGUGUCAUAACUGUCUUUUACCUGAGUCAACAAAUCAUCUAGGAUUUCAUGAUGUUAAUGGUUCUGUAGCCAUUUCUGCUAUAUGCUAAUUAGCUCAGCUGUAGAUUUUCGUUACUAAGAUUGUAUCAAGUGUCUUUAUAGUCGCAUAUCAUCCACCCUUGCUAAGACCCUUCUGAGCCGUGUUCCUUACAACUGAGCAAUAAUUUGUAGAGGAGCUCAGAAUUGAAAAGAUGCAUCAGCUUUUGGUUCACUGGGAAGCAGCUAGGGGAUUUUCAGGGAAGAAGGUCAAAGACAGGCUGGUGGAGCAAAGAGGGCGUAGAAACUUUGGAAAUACAAGUGAUAAGCGAAACACAUACUGGUCAAAUUGAUGUCUAUGAGCGGCAAGCCUUCUGGCAAAGGAACAACAGUACUUAAAGUAGAAAUCUUUUGAGAGAUGUAGGUGAUGGAAGGCAACAAGAAGGUUGGCGGAUUUAUCAAUACCUAGAUGGUCGUCUCCUAACGUUCUAAGAUUACUUUGAAAGGUCAUCAAAGAUGGCCUUUUGCUGCUAUAUUUGAAUUAUAAGUGGAUAUGCUUUCACUAAACAAGUAGAAACAAGGCAUUUAUGGUACCGAUCCCAAAGAAGGUAGUCUCUGAGAGUUCACAGGUUGCACUGGUUAGCUUGCUUUAGAGCGUAUUAGAUUAUCAUGAGGAUUCUGGGUAUAGUUUGGAGUUGAUGAUCAUCAGAGUGGUGUGCAGGUAACAUAUUGCGUUUUAUUAAAGAGAGAAACAUCCAGGAAAACUUUUCCGUGGUACAGGAGCCCAUUCUGUGAGGACACAUUAUUAAAGAGAGGGUUGGUACUUUCGAAGAGGCAUAUUGAUUUUCUCAUUUCAGAUGCUCUUGAUUUAGAUGAUGAAUAUGUGCCAUGGAUUAUGAUUUAGAUCAAUUUUUUCUGGUUUUAGUUUUUUUAGGUGAAAGUCUCAUGGAAUCUUCCAAUAGACAGAUAAGUAUCGGGCCCAUUUGAUGAUACUGAAACUUUUAAGUUCUAAGUUUGAGAUUUACUCUGGAUAAUUGUAUAUAUUGUCAUAAAAGCAGGAGAGUUUUUUUUUUAGAAAAAACAUAGACACGAGUAUUAGAGGCCAGUAUUUUCUAUUGCUGAUCUAUUGUCAACUUGGGUUGGGUUACGGAUAGUCUGGGCCUAUCUGAUCUAGCUCUGUGUCAGAACAGUCAAUUCAAGUGAAUCAAUGUUAAAUUUCUUGAUUCAAUUAAAAAAUGGAAAAUUGACAUAGUCUUUUCACUUUAUGAAUAAUGUCAGACAAAUAACCUUAACUAAAGGUCAUAGUUAGAAUAGAAUUCGGAACUUGGCUUCUUAACAAGACACUACUUAACAGAACCCCCACCCGCACACGAACUCCCGACCCACAAGAACCUUGGUGCAUAGGCAGUGGCAGGUGAUAUAUAUAUUAUUAUUAUUAUUAUUAUUAUUUUAUUAUCUUUCUAGGUUUUCUUACGUCACAACCUGCUAGCGGGCAGGCAUGGGUUCUAUAAGACCAAUCAAGCUGAUUUUUUGGGCGGUUCUCUUUUUGUUCCAUUUUUCUUUCUAUUUCAAGUGGGGACUUAGGACCCCCUCAUCGAAUUAAAUUAGAGGCCCCUGCUCUUUGCUCAAAUGAUGUUCAUCUCCUCCUAAAUGGAAGCUAACCUGCUAUGUGGGUCAACAUGUAGGAAUUUUACUGUCUGAUUAAAUUUUUUUGUUACGUGUUCAACUUGAAAUCACUUCAUCAAAUGCAUUGCAUUUGACUCCAUCCGGAUCUAUUCUAGCGAAAAUCCCCAGUAAGCUUUGGCAACUGCCACCCGAGAGGAGAGGCUAUGAAGAAAAUUGGGCCAGCGUCUUCAAGGGUUUAAUGUCAGUGAACAGGGGAUUUAAUCAUCCGGGUGACCCAUUAUUGGCAUGCACGGCAAUGCCAGAAGCUUGGUUAGUGGGGGGGUCAUGGUUUUGAGGUUUGGUCUGUCGAGAGGUGGUAUGAUUUGUGGCCUCUGACUUGGGAUAUUCCCCAUCAGUUGACCUCCCUCCUGUCUUAGGAACGAGGAACUGCGGAGACUAGGAGAAUCUUGUGCGGAAGGUUCAAGAGAAUGUUCUUCGUCAUCCACAAGAAAAUUCUUUUUUUCUUUUUGUUUUUUUUAAAAGGAAAUAUCUUUUCUUUCCAUAGCCAAGAGCUCGAUCCUACUUCCUAGUCCAUGAUUCACCUCUCGUCUCCUCAUGAAAUCAGGCGGUGACAGAAAAAACCUGUUCUUGGAAGCUCAAAAUGCCCAAAAAAGAAUGACCCUCGGAAGGAAAUAUGGUUUGACCAAUGUGAUUGCUGUUUUGGAAUGACCCACCCAUCGAAUGCGACCGAUUGUGAACCUUCAUGGUGCCCCCCUGUUCUAUUGUUUCAUUCUGGUCAACGGUUUUGAUAGAGCAUUCUGGCGUGCUUCUUGCAGGCUGCCGGCCGAGGUGCUCCACCCGGCAGGGGCGUGGCUCCUCCUGUGAGGCGGUAA